UUGCAGCCGUGGGCUAUGUCAUUCGUGGAAAAAAGAGAGGGAGCGCUAGGAGUGGGCAAUGGUGUGCUGAAUUAUUUCGGGAAAAUUAUGAUAGGACGUCCCGUGGGCGGCAGUUUGAGGCGUCGUGUGUCCAGCGGCAGAGUAAAAGCAUCGGGAGCGAGCAGGGGAGUUCCGUUGAGUCGACAGCGCCUUCAAAAUGCUGCUUCUGGCGAUUGGCCACAGAGGGAAGUGAGGUGUUACGCAAGGCGAUCGCAGCGCCGUGCGUGUGGCACGGCAGUGAGGAAGACAGUUGUUCUGGCAAAAUGUCCGCUCGGCGGAGGUGAUAAAAAUAAAAAGUUGAGCAAAGAGAUGAGUGAGCGCAACACAGCACAAUUUGGUGCUGGACGGAAGCGCGGCCAUCAGCACCAUCCACGCCACGGCGGAGCCCGUCGCUCCAAUGUCCCGCCCGGGGAGAUUGUGGCACAAUUGCGCACUGACACAUCGCACUCCGUCACGCAGCCCAACUCACAAGUCAUUCCGGCGGCGGAUCCCAACAGGAAUUUCGUGCCCGGAGGCGGCGUCGAGGGGGUGUCGAAUCAGAGACUGGCCAGGCAGCCGGCGGAGGAGAAGAGGAGCUCCGGGACGCCGCUAGAGCUGUGCUCAGUGGAUCCGGACAACAACAACAGGGUGGCUCCAGCCUCGAGUGCCUUAUGUGAUAAGAGGGAGUGUGCAGAGGUGGCCGAGGAGGCCAAGAGAACCGACCAGCCGUCCAGUGGCAGCCCUACGAGUGGGAAGAAGCCCAAGAAUUCAGAUAGCAAGCGCCGGAAGCUGCGCCAAGUGCAGGAGAUCACCAAGGAGCGCUCAGCGCCCGAUCCCGCGAUCGCGGUGGACGACGUGGACACGGAGAACGACCCGGAGGCCGCGGAGUGGGCCAAGCUCAGGUGCACCAGCGAGAGGGCGGAGGUGGUGGCAGAGCGCGAGUACAGGAGGCAGAACAGACGAUGUGCCGACUACCCAGGCCUGGCCUUUGGUCGGUCCAUCUUCAGCUCAGACACAAUGAUGAAGUUCAGUAUAAUCCGCAAUGAACUGCACAAUAUUAUGAAAACACAGCUGAAGAGGGCUGAGUCUGAGGUGGCAGCUCUGAACCGUCGCAUCCAGCUUUUGGAGGAGGAUCUGGAGCGUUCUGAGGAGCGUCUCGCUUCGGCCACUGCCAAGUUGGCUGAGGCCUCGCAGGCUGCCGAUGAGAGCGAACGCGCCCGCAAGAUUCUUGAGAACCGCUCAUUGGCCGAUGAAGAGCGCAUGGAUGCACUUGAGAACCAGCUGAAGGAGGCUCGCUUCCUGGCAGAAGAAGCUGACAAGAAAUACGAUGAGGUUGCACGUAAAUUGGCCAUGGUUGAGGCCGAUCUGGAGAGAGCUGAGGAGCGUGCCGAAGCCGGUGAAUCCAAAAUUGUGGAACUGGAAGAGGAACUCCGUGUCGUAGGCAACAACCUCAAAUCCCUUGAAGUGUCUGAAGAGAAGGCAACGGCUACACGUGAAUCCGCUGAGGAUAAAAUUGCUAGCUUAAACCAAAAACUUAGCAACGCCGAAGCCCGUGCUGAAUUCGCUGAACGCUCCGUUCAGAAGUUGCAGAAGGAAGUUGACAGACUUGAAGACGACCUUGUGCUUGAACGUGAGAAAAAUAAGUUACUUCAGGAUGAGAUGGAGACCACUUUGCAUGAUAUUCAGAAUAUGUGAAUACUUUAGGGGCGAGUGAGAAGAGGGAUAAAAAACAGAAAAGAGCAGAAAGCACUUUUAUCAAUACAUUGCCUAAUUAUUUUGUUUGUACGAGAAAAGAGCGGAUAAUGAAAACACAUUUACGUGCGCCAUCAAUUAAGAAUACAUAUUUAAUUGAAUACUAUAUAAAUAUGUUAAUUUAAAUGAAAAAAAAACAAGAAGUAUGAAAAAACACAUUUGAGAAAAAUGAUAGUCGAUGAAGGAAUGCAGAAGUUAAAUAUUUCUCUAUUAUUUUCGCAGAAAGAUAAAGAACAGAGUUUAUUUACCUCUAAAAUUGUUUAUAGUAUUAUCAUUUUCGAAGCAGAGAUGUUUUAAAAGACAUAUAUUUCUUUUUAAUUCUUUGAUCUACAUUCCUGAGAUAUAUUUUCAGUAAGAAAAGAAUCAUUCGCAGGCAGAAUGCCUAGUAAUUUUUUUCCAAGAUUUAUUGUGCACCUUUAUUUGAGGGGAAAAAUAUACAUUGAACCUCUUGUUUGUUCAGUUGAGAAGAAAAGAAAAAAAAAACAAUAAAAGACCUAAGUAAAAACUGCAUUUUUAUACUGUACCAUCGUAUUUUAGUGUAGUUAAUGUAAUAAGAAAGGAGAGAAAUUGUGUUUAAAUUUAGAGUCACAUUCCAAUCAGCAAAAUUUUUAGCCAUUUUACCAAUACAUCAAAAUUUAACAUUUCUUUUAAGUCUUGCUUUUAACUUUGAGAGGAAGCAAAGCUUACAUUUGCUUUAGGAGUAGACGAGAAAAUAAAUGGGCAGAUGGAAUAAUAAAAAAA